AUGUGUGGGCCUGAACCACUCUGCUGCCUGGCGGAUCCUGCGAUGUUUCCCAGGCAACUGUCUCAUACAGCCUGUCUGCCUGGCACUCCCACAACCCAUAAAUGCCGCCGUGCCUGGCUCCAGGCAGCCUUGCCUGCUUGGCAUACACAGGCCAGCAGGUGUGGGGAACUCAGCCUGUUGUCAGAAGGCCACUCAGGGAGAGAAGGCCGCCCAGGCCUUGUGGACAUCCUCACACAGCCAAGGAGGGGUAUGGGAGGGGCUGGUAUGCUGAAGACCUCAGGAAAGGCCCUGGGCUCUGGUUCUCGGGUGUGGCUGAACUGGGCCCUCUUAGCCACACAGGACCCUCUCAGCACCUGGCUGGGCAUCCUGCAGCUCUCCUCGGGCCUUCCUCCUGCUUAUGAGCUGGUGCCAGUCCUCCUAGAGUUCUCAAGGGGGUGGAUGGAGGAGGAGGAGCAGCAGCAGCGGCUGCGGGGGAGGCUGAGUCGCCGCAAGCCGCCCGCCGGGGCCGGGCCUCCUAACCGCCGCCCCUGGUUCCUCUUGGAGAGCUGUAAGAGUGAGCCGUGGGCUGCUCUGCUGCGUAGCGCCGCGAGCGGGAAAGCGGAUUUGACCCCCGACAGUCAGCCAUUACCACCGCUGCCUGCUUUUCCCUGCCAGGAGUCCCAGCCUGACCCAGAGCCCCCUGCGCCUCCCGAGGUCUUCACUGUGGGAUCCAAGACUUUUUCCUGGACGCCUUUUCCACCUGCCCUUGGUGGCUCUGGACGCCCCUACCAGCUGGUCCACGGGGCUGGAGGUUCCCAGGGGUCACCUCCUCCUCCAUCUGGGAAAGGAUGCCCUGCAGCGGAUUCCCGUCGGGCUCCCAGCACCCAAGAGUGUGAGCCUGCGCAGAACCCACCUGUGUUGCUGAGCUGCCCGUUGUGCCAGAAGGCAUUUGACCCGAAGCUGACCCAGCUGGAUGUGGAUAGCCACAUUGCUCAGUGCUUGGCUGACAGCACAGAAGACCUCGUGUGGUGAGCUGCAGGACGCCUCGCCGUGUCUCCCUCGAGCAUUCAUGCGGACAUUGGAUGCGGCUGCGGAGAUGCAUCUUCGUGUGGAUGUCUGAGUACAGGCUCCUUCUGGUUUUGUUUGUGGGGGUUGGGAUGAUGCUGAUCACUGACAGCUGGUAGCAGCAGAUCCUGUGAUGGUUCAUUG